UUUCACCGAAUAGCCACGGCGUCGUGUUACAGUUGGAGGAGGCGCGCAGCGGAGUGAGGUGGCCGUAAUAGACGAGUUCUUGUUUUAUUUUGGUUGUUAAAAAAAGGAAACAGCACAGUUAAGACGAAAUUUCACUCACUGAAGCUCGACAGGAUUGAAAUGUUACAGUUUAGGUUUUCAACUGUCCUGGAAAAGUUGUUUCACACGAGCCGCAAGCGUCCGUUAACCGACAUUGUGAGACAUAAAGGCUCCGUGCCCAAGCCGCUCUGCUUCAGCAGCUCCUGCCCUCAUGUCCACCUCACCUCUGAGAUAAAGACCCUCCGCUACGGCGGACACCGGGCUCUCUCCCACACGUCGCCGCCGUGGAGAAGACCCCUGUGUACAAAGACUGAAGGAGCGAUAGAGCCGAGCGAACCGGUGAAGAAGGAUGAAACCGUACAGGAAGCUGCGGCAGACAAGAGAAGAAAGGCGGGUAUCCUGCCGAGCCUGGAGGACCUGCUCUUCUACACCAUUGCUGAAGGCCAGGAGAGGAUCCCAGCCCACAAAUUUAUCACGGCACUGAAGGCCACUGGACUGCGAACAGGAGACCCCCGACUGAAGGAAUGUAUGGACAUGCUGAAAGUAACCCUAAAGACCACGUCAGAUGGGGUGAUGCUGGACCGCCAUCUGUUCAAGAAGUGUGUCCAGAGCAACAUAGUGCUGCUGACCCAAGCCUUUCGGAAGAAGUUUGUCAUCCCCGAUUUCAUGUCUUUUGCCGCCCACAUUGACAAGCUUUAUGACAAAGCCAAAAAUAUGUCUGGAGGUCAGGUUGCUGACUACAUUCCUCAGCUUGCUAAAUUCAGCCCGGAUUUGUGGGCUGUGUCUUUGUGCACAGUGGACGGACAAAGACACACUGUGGGCGACACCAAAGUGCCGUUCUGUCUGCAGUCGUGCGUGAAGCCGCUAAAGUACGCCAUCGCUGUGCAUGACCAUAGCAUGGAGUACGUGCACCGCUUCAUCGGCAAAGAGCCCAGUGGCUUACGCUUCAACAAACUCUUUCUGAACGAGGACGAUAAACCCCAUAAUCCAAUGGUGAACGCUGGUGCGAUUGUGUGUACCUCUCUGAUAAAGCAAAAGGCAAGCAAUGCAGAGAAGUUUGACUAUGUGAUGAAUUUCCUGAAAAAGAUGGCAGGGAAUGAGUAUGUGGGUUUCAGCAACGCAACAUUCCAGUCUGAACGUGAGUCAGGUGAUAGGAAUUUUGCUAUCGGCUACUACCUGAAAGAGAAGAAGUGUUUUCCUGAGGGUACAGAUAUGACAUCCAUCCUGGACUUCUACUUCCAGCUGUGCUCCAUUGAGGUGACGUGUGAGAGUGCCAGUGUGAUGGCUGCCACGCUGGCCAACGGUGGCUUCUGUCCUAUCACGGGCGAGCGCGUGCUGAGUCCGGAGGCUGUGCGGAACACACUGAGUCUUAUGCACUCCUGCGGCAUGUACGACUUCUCUGGGCAGUUCGCCUUCCACGUGGGUCUGCCGGCCAAGUCGGGUGUGGCAGGGGGCAUCCUGUUGGUGGUACCCAAUGUAAUGGGGAUCAUGUGCUGGUCUCCUCCACUGGACAAACUGGGCAAUAGUGUGCGUGGCAUCCAGUUCUGCCAGGAUCUGGUGUCCUUGUUCAACUUCCACAACUACGACAACCUGCGGCACUUCGCCAAGAAGUUGGACCCUCGGCGUGAGGGCGGUGACCAGCGGCAGCACACCUCCUUCGGGCCGAUGGAUUACGAGAGCCUUCAGCAGGAGCUGGCUCUCAAAGACACUCUGUGGAAAAAAGUCUCGCCCACUGAGUCCAAUGAGGACAGUUCCACCACUGUAGUCUAUAGGAUGGAGAGUGUCGGGGAGCGCAACUAAACGGACCUGCUUCAUCUGGAAAAAGGGCGUAAAUAAUAGGGGGGCCAGACAGCAUAUUUAUUUUAUUUUGUGUUAUUUCUUGUUUUUUUUUUGUUACAUUUCAGUGACUGUCUAGCAGAUGUGUUGUUUCUGUCUUCCUCUCUGAGAGGUUCUUUCAUUGAGGCAGACACCAAUGCAGCUAUUCUGCUCUUUCUGUUCUGUAUGUUAUGCUGCAAGAAACCAAAGCAAAAGGAGGUGCUUUAUUUAUAAUAGGCAGGGAGAGUGCAUAGACAGGGUAAAGGGGAAUUCCACCAAUUUUGCUAAAUUUCUGCAUAAUUCAGUCCAAUUAUUCAUGAAAUAAUUCAAAUCACUCAUUCAUUCAGAGUGGCUAGAUGUAAAAUGUUUAUUUGUAGAGAAACUUACUGACUCCGAUUUCUUUACAGUGGUGGUGGUAGGAACCAGGGGUCAUCAUGUCUACAACACAAAUAUAGCCAUUUUAUUAACUGUCCAGAAUGACCAGUGAACUUACACGAGUUUUUAUAUGUAAUGUUGAAAUUUUGGUAAAUCUGAAAAAAAGCUUUUGUUGGGGACUAUUUUGCCUUUGAACACCCUGCAUGUACCCCUCCACCAUGAAUGAAUUUUAAAAAGAUGUUACAGACCAAAGCCCUCUCAAAAUUAUCAUAAAACAACAUCGCAGACUUCAGCUAUUCAUAACCAUUCCAUGUAAUAACUUUCUGUGAGGGAGCUUUUAGAGGCAUUAAGUUCUUCAGACGUCUGGUUGCUAUCACCACCACUGUGAACAACUCUGACUUUCUCUAAAUCGGAGCAUUUCACAUCAAACCACUCUGAAUCACUUUGUAGACAUCUUAACCAUUUAAUUACUCAGAAAUUUUGAAAAAUCAGUGGUGUUCCCCUUUAAAGUGCAGUUGAAGGACAAAGAGUGGAACAUACUUUUAAUUUUUUUCUUUCUUCAUUUUUUAUUCUCUUCUCCCCCAGCAUGUGUUAAAAAAACAAUUCAGUCAACAAUGUUAAUGUUGCUAACAAUGAAUGAAAGUCAGUGGCAUUAUGACAAUAACACCAUGCAAAUUAGUGUAUGCUUGCAUCCACAUUCAGUCUUAGCAUGUUAAGUUGAUGUAUCCCUCUUAAAAGUGAUAAGUCAUGGGCUGACCGGCUGCUGAGUGGAGGCUAAAGCUUUUUUGAAGAGUGUUAGCAAAAAGGACUAUUUUAGCCCCUUGUGCAUGAGCCAAAAUUAGCUCCGCCCCCCAUCCACCUGUAGUCCACUGUGACGUCAAUAGCGUUUUUGCCAUCAAUCGCAUUGUGAGUUUUUGACUUCAGACAAACAGCCACACACUCCCAUACACACUCCCCUGAGACUCCCCUCAGAGCGUGUAUUGAUCGGUGUGCUGUGUGUUGUCAGAAGGAGAUUGUGGUGACGCAGGCUUGCCUGACCUUCAGUCAGAGUCAGCUGUGACCAUGCUCAGUUCAACGGCUCCACACGCUUCAGCUUGCUUUUCUUCAGCCUUUUCCUCCAGUUAGUUCAGCUCUUUAACCAACAGCUGCUAAAUUGUGUACCUAAAGGGCCCAUACCCGACAUAUUUCAUCUGCUUUAUUUUCUACUUAAUUUGGUUUUCCAUACACAAUGUUUCUCUACUUAAAACAGUUGCAAUUCAUUUUUUAAUGACUCUUCAUCCCUUAGAAUUAAACAGACUUCUUCCAUUACUGUACCUUUAAGACUGAUAUAUGUAAAUCACCAUCUUCUCAUUGGCUUCCCUGCCUUGGCAUUUCAUAAAGCAGUUCUCUCUUAACUGUGAAUAGGCAGAUCUAAACUGCUAAAUAGGCAGAUAUUUAUACACAUUGGGAAUGUGUUGGGUUUUGUGACCUCACAAAAACACUUUCAUUCAGAAACUUUCAUUCAAUUCAAAACGAGACCUUUUUUGCAGUGUAUUUUCCGUAUACGGGCUUUAUGAAUUGGGGAGUGGCACAUUAGAAAACCUUAACACUGUUUACAUACUACAUCAAACUCUCCUUGUUUCAGAAAAUUAGUUUUCUUUGAUAAGGGCCCUAUAAGUUCUAGUUGAAGUGGAACAUUUUCAUUGUUAUUAUUAUUAUUAUUAGAUCUUUAACAUUCCUGCUUUAAUCUAGAUAGUACCAAGAGUGUUACAUUCAAUAUGCUUCCUAACUGUUCAAAAUGAAGCCGAGGUGCUUCAGAAAAGACAGAUUCUUGCCAGACUUGGCCCACAGCGGUCUGCAGCGCCCCCUGCUGUCACAUGUGUGAUUUGAAUUGCUGAUUGGUUUGAAUUAGGCCUUCUGGAACAUUAGACUGUUGCGUUUAAAUUCACCUUAUACUUAAUUCACAUUUGUAGACUGCUGGGGUUGAAUCAGAGAAGCGAUCAGCAGCCGGCUAGGGUAAUCUAUACAAGGCAUAUGUUAUUUCUCACCGUAUAUAUGCCCUUAAUGCUGACCUGGCACCUUUUGCACAUGUACAUAUUUCAGCUGAGGCCUUAGAUCUUAUGCUGCUUAGCUAUUCUGGAGCCUAUCCUGUUGUGCUGCCACUGCAUAAUGUACUGUUGAACAGGUACCAUUAGCCAUCGCACCAUCAUGGUUUAUGGUUCAACAUGUUUUGUGAGUUAAAGCCUCAAUCAGAAACUGCUGAAACGUCAUCACCGCCUCCAGACGCUUUGUGACCUGGAUGUUUUAUGCUUAACUGGAGGUCUUGUUAUUUAACAGCCCCUGUUGCUGCAUCGUCACUUACUGCGAUUUCUGAUUGAGCCUUUAGCUUUGAAGCCUUACUGUUGCAAGAAAGCACUUUAUUUCAAACCGUGUAUUUUCAGCAGAACCACAAAAUCUUUGUAGUUGAUGCAGUUUUGGCCUAUUUUUGCAAAUAUACAAUGACAGUCAUUGAAGCAAUGUUCAUUUGCUUUAAAAUAAACAAGGAAUAAAUGAAAAAAAUGUAUUUCCGUGCUUUCUUGCAACAGCAAAUGGAUGUUUCUUUUAUUAUUUUAUCUAAAACUAACUGCAGCCGUCAGGCUGACGUUCUGUGUGUAUUUGUUUUUUUCUUUGUUACCUUUGUAUGAAUUGCUAGGCCUCACUUCUUAAGUUAUGUGUAGAGCAUGUACGUUUGUGAUCACUGGUUAUGUAUUAUAUAUUGGCUAUAUUUUAUUUUUUCAUCUUUUUGUACACGUUCACAAGCUCGACCACCUCUGAAGUAUCAAAGGUGUGUCAUUAGCAUGAAUUUUCCCCUUUUGUCAGCAUUUAUCAUUCACUCUUUUUGUCUCAGUGUAAACUGACUGGAUUGGAUGCUUGCUUAUUUUCUGUGCUGCUGCAGUUUCUCUGAGCCUGUCCGAUGCUCUUGUGGUCAUGCGGUGGUCGAAAACUCGGCAAGAGCGCAAGACCGCCGGGCAGGCCUCUGUUUUGAAAAGAUUAACGGAAGCAGGACUUGAUUACUUGAACAAUGAAGGGAAUCUAAAUUUUUCUCUGUAUUACUAAUGUGACUACUCCUGUUUGAGGUCUUGGCUUGCAGUAGCAGUAUUUAUUUAGACAUUCUUUUAGUUUUACUCUUCCAACUAUUUCAUUUUCCCCAGUGCUUCGAAUACAGUGUUGCUUCCUUUGCUUUUUUUGUUCACUUACAGUGUCUUGCUGUUAAUUCACAGUUUUUGUAUCAUUUCAAUAAAUUUAUUUAAUCCCA